AUGUUUCCAUUAUUAAAUUUUGCCACAUAUUCCGAAAAUUAUUCUUAUAAAGAACUAUUUUAUAUACAAGACAAUCCUUUUACCUUACUACUAGAUACUCCUGAUUAUUAUAAAUGGUGGAAUAUUAAAGCACUUAUUAAUUUUAAGUGGAACACCUAUGGAAAAAUUUAUUAUUUUAUAAUAUGGGCAAUAUAUUCUAUUUUUAUGUGUUGUUUUUUAAUUGUUUCAACAAUUCCAAAGCAUAAAAUUUCUUGGAUUGACCAAUUAAUUCUUUUGAUUGCAACUAUUUUUUUGGGAUUAAUUCAUUUUAUUUUUGAAGUUCGUCAACUUAUUCAUAAACCAAAAGAAUAUAUUAAAAGUCCUUGGAAUUGGUUUGAUCUUGCUGCUAUAUUAGUUCCAACAAUAACUUCAUUAGUUUGGUUGCAUGAUAUGACCCCGCCAACUUGGAUUAUAACUAUUUCUGCUUUUUUACUUGAAAUUAAAUUCUUAUUAUAUUUUCGCAUUAUGGUUUUGGCUUUUGCCCAUUCUUUACAUCUUUUAUUAAGGCCAACUAGUGAAUAUUCUUAUGAUCAACCAAGUUAUACUGAUGAUGUUAAUAAUCCUUGGAAUCUUGUUUCAACAUAUAAAUUUAUUUCAUCUAAUGGCACUAUUGACAAAUCUUCACUUAUUGAAACUCCAGAUGAAAAUACAAAUUUAUUUUCUUUAUUUAGUACUUCUAUUUUAGCUGUAUAUUUUAUGUUAACAGUUUCAGUUAAUAAGCUUAAAAAAUAUGUAAAAUGUGUUGAAGAUAAAAACAACUUGCCUUCUGAAAUUCUAGAAAUUGCUAAAAUUGAAGAUAAUGAAAAAACUUUACAAAAUAAAAUUGAUGAAGCAUUAGCAAAAAUGAAUGAAACAUUAAAAAAUCAAGUAAAUGAGAUAUUAAAAGAUCCACUAGAUAAAAUUAAUAAAUUAAUCGAGUUGACUGAAAAAAAAGAGUCAGAAUAA